AUGAUUGUUCUAGAAUGGCUAUUUCUCACAAUUGCUCCUUGUGAUGCAGCGGAACCAUGGCAAUUAGGAUCUCAAGACGCAGCAACACCUAUGAUGCAAGGAAUAAUAGACUUACAUCACGAUAUCUUUUUCUUCCUCAUUCUUAUUUUGGUUUUCGUCUCACGGAUCUUGGUUCGCGCUUUAUGGCAUUUCCAAAAAGAAAAAAAUCCAAUCCCGCAAAGGAUUGUUCAUGGAACUACUAUCGAGAUUCUUCGGACCAUAUUUCCUAGUAUCAUCCCGAUGUUCAUUGCUAUACCAUCAUUUGCUCUCUUAUACUCAAUGGACGAGGUAGUAGUAAAUCCAGCCAUUACUAUCAAAGCUAUUGGACAUCAAUGGUAUCGGAGUGCGCCUCUUCACGAGGGUGAUUUAAGUGCAACGAAAUGCCAUAAGAAUAUGGUUCGCGAAGCAUCUGGCUUACCGUUUGGGGGGAGACGGGCGUCGACCCAACCUUAUGAGUAUUCGGACUAUAACAGUUCUGAUGAACAGUCACUCACUUUUAACAGUUAUACGAUUCCAGAAGAUGAUCUAGAAUUGGGUCAAUUACGUUUAUUAGAAGUGGACAAUCGAGUGGUUGUACCAGCCAAAAGUCAUCUACGUAUUAUUGUAACAUCUGCUGAUGUACUUCAUAGUUGGGUUGUACCUUCCCCAGGUGUAAAGUGUGAUGUUGUACCUGGUCGUUUAAAUCAAACCUCUAUUUCGGUACAACGAGAAGGAGUUUACUAUGGUCAGUGCAGUGAGAUUUGUGGAACUAAUCAUGCCUUUAUGCGUGCGCCCGGAAAGAUAGGCCGACUGCUGAGCCCACUCUGGCUCAGCCGCACCACCCAGGGUGCGAGCCACCCGAGAAGCAAGCUAUUACAGCGAGCGGCUGGAGCAGUAUGGAGCCGAGGAGCAAGGCAGUAG